AUGGAUUCUACAUCUGAAGAAGAUUGGAAAGAAAUUGAGGCAUCUGCAUCUUCGAUAAUAGAAGAAGCCAGACAAUUAGCAAAAGAUGAGCCUGCUGUAGCACUCGAAAUGUAUGAGAAGUGCAUAUCGGUGCUACUUAAUCAUGUGCGCGAACUUAUCCAUGAGAAAAUGACCAAUGCAAGUGCCUCUGACACAUCCGAGGAUGACGUAAUUAUACUUGGUAAUAGUACACCUUCCGGUUCGUGUACGUCGCCAGUCACCAAUUGCAGCGAUCAGGCCUCCAAUAUCUCCUGCGGAAAUGAUCAAGAAUACGACGAAGGAGGAACUUUUACAGGAAAAGAAGUGGAGAAACCCUUGUCUUGGGAAAACUGCAUCGGACAUUUAGCAGCAAAGAAGGAAUUAGAACAAGCAGUUGUCUGGCCACUGAAGCAUCCAUGGCUGUUUGAAUCAAGAAUUCGAAAACCCUACAGAGGAAUAUUACUAUUUGGAGUUCCAGGCGUGGGGAAGACUUUACUAGUGGAAAAGGCUGCUUCACUGUCUGGGGCACAGUUUUUCAACAUUCGGGGAUCAGAUAUAAAAUCGGAGUGGUAUGGCCGGUCUGAAAAUUUUAUUAAGAACAUUUUCAGCAAGGCCAGAGAACACCCUCUGUAUUUUGGGAGGAGGGCUCCUCUUGUUGGAGGAGCCCAAUGCUCAGAUCAUCCAUCAGAUCUAUUGCAUAUCCUCUUACUUACACCGUAUGACAGUGGCUAUCUAGUUGCUCAGGGAGGGCUGCCCCAGCUGCCGAGAUAUGAGGGAUCGAACCAUAGACCUUCCGAGUGCCGAAAGCCACCGGUUCUCACAGAGAACACCCUCUCAGUAUCAUCUUCAUUGAUGAGAUUGACAGUGUGGGAGGCGCCCGGCAUGGAUCAGAGAGCAGAGCAAGUGACGGGACCCUCACUGAGGGCAACUAAUUGUCCAUCAAAGUUAGACAAAGCUCUACUGCGGAGAUUGGAGAAGAAAAUACAUAUCAUGCCGGAUGUGGACACAAGAGAGAAUCUCAUUAAAUACUACUUGGAGGAUACAUUGCACACCUUGGUUCUAGCAGACUUUAAAAAACUUGCCUCUCUAACGGAAGGGUUCACUGGAAGCGAUAUCGUAACUCUACUAAAAAAUGCAUCAUGGAUAUGUUUGCCUCCGUGUCAUAAUAAAGACGUGAAUCAGAAGAAUGCACACCUAUUGCGAAUUACAAUGGAACACAUUAUGCAGGCGAGGGCAUUGUUUAAGCCAUCAGUGAAUUCACAUAUGACGAAGGAGAUGAAUCAGUUUGGUGGAUUUACUGCCACGGAACCCAGUUAUGUCGAACCUAACUUCAAAUCAGCAAAAAAGAUGUUACAUGGCGUCCUGAGGAUGUUUUGA